UCCAAAUAUGCGCUGCUUGAGUAGGAAUGGAGUGACUCGGCAGAGUGGUAUGUCCGGGAAAGUUACGGGUUAAUUUAAGACUAGGAGCAAAACCUGGUGCCAAUUAGAAGCAUUGAGCGCCACAUGUGGACUAGACCGAACUAUCCACAGAAGGGGCAAAGGGGUCUGAAUCCGUGCGCAAUGGAGGCUAGUUGCAUGAGUGCGCAGUUGCUUACGGUUCUUACUGGCAGUUGCUGAUCCUGCAGUUACUGUUAUGAUGGACAUUUUCUUAAAGAGAUGAUCAAACAGUAUCCACAAGUCUGAAGGACGCUCUGAUGCUCUGAGAGGCCCCCAUUAAAACGUGGAUCUUUUACAUUUUUACCUUUAAGGAUUGCAACAUGGCAGGAAUCUCUCUCAUAUUUUUACUUUUUGUCACAACUCUGUUCUUCACGGGGAGUGUAUCGGACAUCUGCCGAGGACCGCGCUGCUUUUCUGGUCACGACUGGAGCAGACCGUGCGUGGGAGCGCAGUGCCAAGGGCGCACGGACACAUCCGCGUCCCGACGGCAGCUUGACCACUCUGCACAAUCCAGGCAAGGACAAACCUAUCCGACUUACCAACACGACGCUCAUUUCCGUCAGCACAAAGCACAGAGCGCGCCCUUAGCACCGUACACCGUCAUCCAACCUCAGCACGGAGGCUUUACGCAGGCGGCAGGUACGGAUGGCACCAGGAGGACGAACCCGAGGACCAUCACGGCGGAGGUGUUCCACCCUGGCUGUGCCGGGGGCACCUGUCCGACGACUGUCUCUCAUCGCCCCACGAGUGAUGACAGCGCAACGCGGGAGUGCAAAGGCAUUGGAUGCAAACUGCCCUCCCGGAUGCGCCAGAGGAACGGUAAGCUUUGCGUUGGCGACGGCUGCAGCACGCAAGGAGACGACGGGAGAAGAAGCUCGUCACCUGUUCAUGUGACGGACAGAGCGGCACAAUUUCUGGACGAGCUCCCAGACCUGGGGUCGCAACGUGGAGCAUGGAUUCAGCUGACAUGUGACAUGAAACCAGGGAACAAUGACGUUCCCUCAGAGGAUGCUCUAGUCCUGCAGUUGCAGCUGUCUAAGAGUCAGGAAAGGUUCGUCGAGGCCCUCAAGGGCCAACAAAACGAGGUCAAGGAGCUACAGAGGCUGCUCAGUGAGCAGCAAGGAACGUUGGUCAGCCAGCAGAGAGAAAUACUUGACCAGCAGAGGAGGAUGUAUGAGCAGAUGGAGCAAGUAAAGGCUCAGUACAACAUACUGAUGGACAGCAUCAAACAAACAUCUUUCCAGAACCUCCAGGGGGAGCUGGACAGUCGCACGGAAACCUUGAGUGGGCGGGUUAGAGCUCACCAAGCACAGCAGGCUCUCUCUUUGCACAAAGUGGACAUGGAGGCCACUGUGAUGGAGGUGGGUCGGCCCCUUUUGACCUGUGGCAGUUGUGGCCCUGAUGAGUACUGUGGCCACAGCAGUGGUCGUCCUCGCUGUGAGAAGUGCACCGUCUGUCCUGCCGGAUUCUUCCUGGUCGCCCAGUGUUCAGUACACGCAGACAGGAUCUGCCAGGACAGAGAUGAAUGUCUUGAAAUAGCUGAUCUGUGCGGAGGUCAACAGAAGUGUCUCAACACUCCAGGUGGAUUCAGAUGCCAGGACAUGACAGAGCGAGAAGCACUUUCAGGAAUGUGCGGCCACGGCUACUUCUUCAAUUCAGAGAUGGAUGAGUGUCAAGCCUGCAAUGAGUGUGAUGGAGACACGGUGGUUUCUCCUUGCACUUUUACCACAGACACUGUCUGCUCUGCCCAUACUGCCGGCCACAGUGCCCUCUCUCAGUCCUGGUCUGGAGAUGUGACUCUGCAGGGGGAAAAAGGACACAUGCUGGCUCAAGCCUUCCUCGGUGUGCAGCUUCACAUACAGGGAAGAGGCGAUGAUCUGGUGUCCACUGAGAGCGGGCAGCUGGUUCUGAGGCAGCAUGGUCUCAUAUGGCUGGAUGAGAAUCUCUCAGUGACCCAUGGUUGCCGCAGCUUCAUCCAAGUGUGUCUGCGCAUGAACAACACAGCCGGCUCUGAAGGUCGUGACCUCAGUGGGGUUCGUGUGGAGCAGCGGGAGGGUAGGUCGCUCCAAGGUGUUAGCAUCAGUGGGGUAGCAGAGGUCGCCCCAGGUCACAUCAUAUCCCUCUUCCUCCGGAGUGCCACCCACCACUGUAACCAAAGCACUGAAGGUCUGCAGCUGUUCGACCCCUCCGUUGCCCCACUCAGCCUCCUCUGGCUCUCGCAUGACACCGGUGCGGUUGCCAUGACAGCACAGGCAAUGGUCUCUGCACAUUACCACACAAACUAUCGCCCAGUCUUCCGUACCACCUCCACCUCUGACCCUUAUGUAGUAGGACUUACUCAUGAUGGUCGCGGGAUCCGGUUUGCAGAGAGUGGCACUGUGCGUUUUGUAUUCCAGCAGGCAUUGUACUCGAUGGGCCAGGCAUGCGUGAGUGAGGGCUUCCAAAUUUUGGCAUACCUCAACCGUAAUGGAACCAGCAUGGAGCUGCUCCGUGCCUUUAAACCAGGUGUCCAUUACCGAGACACAUCAAUAGCACUGUCUGGAGCAGCUCAAGUUGGCCCGGGAGACACACUGGGUUUUGAGAUUCUCUCUCCUGCACAGUGCAACGUUCGCUUCUUUGGUGACGAAACGGGUAUCAGUAUUCUCAGUUUGGUUUGGGUUCCCGCUGCCAUUUCUUCAUCUCUUUCUGCCUCUGUGGCUAACACCGGCCUUCUCUCUGGAGCAGUUCGUAACAAGCCAUUGUUCUUCCACCAGACCAGUCCUCAAGUGACCCAAAUGGAGCUGCUGGUGAAGGGAUCCGCAGAUCACAGACGAGAUUUUGUAUUCAGAGAGGGCGGUACAGUCAGUGUUGCUCUGGAUCUCAAACUCAUUCACUCCUGCAGUUUGGUCAAGGUGACUCUGCUCAGACGAAGUGAUUUAGAGGGUUCAGGAGAGGGAUCGAGGCCUAUCCCUGUUGCCCAGCAGGUAGCUGGCCAGAUGUCUGAGGGCAGCCAGUGGGCCGGUGUGAGUCUGCGAGCAUCCUUCCAGGUUCACAACGGCACUGCGGUUUUCUUUAUACUAGACUGUGUGCGUGGACGAGUAAACCAGAUCAGCCAUCAAACAGGAAGUGGGGUAUCUGUCCUCUGGGUGGCAUCAUAAUGAAAGCCAGAUAGUAUGAUGUUUCUUCUUAUGGUCAAAAAUCAAACCGUGAAAGAAACGAUUUGACUUUUUGGAGACUUAUUCACUUUCCAGAGAGUUACAAAGGAAGAUUGACACCACUUUCAUCUGUUUUAAUAGAGAAGCAUUAACCAGUAGCUUGUUAGCUUAGUCUGACAUUGUAAACUUGUGGAAAUAGCUUCUAAGAUUGUCCACAAGUAAUCUGUGAGCACCUUUAAACCUAAUUCAUUUGUUUAAUGUAAAAAAUGACCAAUUAAAAAAUCAACACUUUGUGAUUCUUAUGCAGUGUUGUGUAGCUAGACUCCCAGUCUUUGUGCUAAGCUAAGCUAACUGACUUUUGCUUAACUUGCAGACGUCAGAGCAGUGCCAGUCUUCUUGCUUAUUAUUAUUUUAGGUCAGAGUUAACCGUGCUUUCCAAACCUGAAUUUAUCCCUUGAUUUUGGUUUGAGUUUAAAAGAAAAUGUCUUUUAAAAAUGCUAAAUGUGGACUGUAGUGUUCAUUAGCUAUAUUUAUAUAACUAUUAAUAUUGUGUCAUGAUUUCUACAUAUGAUAGCACAAAACAACUGUAUUCAUGUGAUAAUUUCUCAUUCUCCAGUUCUUCUUUUUUUAGUUCCAGUUUUUCACGUUUCCCAUUUGUCUGUUUUUUAUUUAUAUAAUUCAGUUUACUCUGUUGACGCCAAAGGAGUUUUAGAUCCUGCCAGUGACUACAGCAUUUUCUGCUGGCACUGAUUCUCAUUCAGGAGUUUUUCUCAAGAGCAUGUGUUUCAUGUUAGCCGCCAUUUUCUAAAUGGCUAAAUAUCUACUGCAUGCUUUGUUUAAUGACCACUUUGUGCAUAUUAUGGACUUAAAGUCUCUAAGCCUUGUUGAAACUAAAUAUUUUAAAUAAUGUACUGGCUUUUAAUCUUAACUGAACUGUAAUGAAGUGUAUAUUUGAUGUUUUCUUGUUAAUCCAAUAAAAUCACCU